AUGGGUGGUUCGAAUAGUAAAUUAAAUUUUCGUAAAGCAGUUAUUGAACUGACAUCAAAAAAAACAAAAGGUGAAGAGGAUGCAUUUUGGGAAGAACUUUGGGCAAAUAAUGUUAGCAAGGCUGCCGAUGUAUUUGUGUUGAUUCCAGCUGAAGAUGUUCGAAAUUUGCGUGAUAAUUUUCCAAAUAAUCUCGCGGCACUUUGUUAUAAAACUGUCGAUCGUCUCACUUUAGCUUGCGAUUCUCCAGCUAAUUUAAAUCCUAACAAAGUGUUGAACUGUAUUCGAUUACUGACUCGUGUACUUCCGUAUUUGUUCGAAGAUGCCGACUGGCGUGGAUUUUUUUGGAAUACACCUCCACCACAGAAUAAUUCUCAGUCUAUUAAUCAGCCGCUUGCGUACACUCUACUCUCAACACUUGCUGAUUUAUUAUUUUGUCCUGAUUUCACUGUGGCAUCACUCUCAAAUCGCCCAAGUUCAGAUGAUUUGGCUACGUUAGAUAGUUGUGAAUAUAUUUGGGAAGCAGGUGUCGGAUUCGCCACAAAAAUAAGUCAAAAUGCAGAUCAUGAUAGUCAUCGCAUGGAAAUUCUUAAACUUCUGUUAACAUGUUUUUCAGAAAUAAUUUACGCACCUGAAACAGAGGGAAAUCGAAUGCGUUGGAUCAGUUAUUUUACAUCUGCUAAGAAUAGACAUGUUUUACCGCUCUUUACAUCGUUAUUGAAUAUUGUUUGCUCUUACGAUCCUGUUGGUUAUGGAGUUCCAUAUAAUUAUUUGUUAUUUACUGAUACAAGAGAACCUCUUGUACAAACAGCUGUUCAAGUUUUAACUGUUUGUUUGGAUAUUGAAAGCCAAUCUACUGAUAAUAAUUCAGAUGAAGAAGAUUUUGAGUUUAUGUUAAAAGGUUUUACGCGAUUGCUUUCUAAUACUAUUUUGACAACAUAUUUACCUAAUUCUAUCAAAAAAAUUUCGUUCCAUCAAGAACUUUUGGUGUUGUUGUGGAAAUGCUGUGAAUAUAAUCAGAAAUUUAUGUUUUUCCUUCUGAAAACUGCUGAAGUGCUGGAAAUUUUAGUUCCAAUUUUGUAUCAUGCAUGCAGUGCUCGAUUCGAUCCAGCACGAGUCGGUUUAAUUCAUAUGGGUGUUUUCAUUAUAUUACUUCUUAGUGGUGAACGAAAUUUCGGUGUACGAUUGAAUAAACCAUAUAUUCCUCGUACAGUCAUUGAUAUUCAACCUUUUACUGGCACCUAUGCUGAUCUUUUGAUCAUUGUUUUUCACAAAUUGAUUACAACUGGCAAUUGUCGACUACAAAGUUUAUUCGAUUGCUUCUUGACUAUUAUUGUUAAUGUUUCACCUUAUUUGAAAACGUUAUCUAUGGUCGCUGCAAACAAAUUACUUCAUCUCGUCGAAGCAUUUUCGACACCGUGGUUCCUUUAUUCCACUCCUAAUAAUUAUCUCCUAAUUUUCUUCCUGCUUGAAGCGUUUAAUAAUAUAAUACAAUAUCAGUUCGAUGGAAACGCAAAUCUGGUGUAUACGAUUAUACGAAAACGACAAGUUUUUUAUCAGUUAUCUAAUUUGGCCACAGAUUCUGAGUCAAUUACAAAAGUUCUUUCUUCGCGAAAGAGUCGUUCAAAAAUUGACGUGGUCGAUUCGUUAAAAUCUUCUACAUCCGAUUCCAAGGAAAUUACUUCAAAGAGUGGAACAAUUAACACGACAUUGGCGGCUACACCGCAGGUUUUGGUAAUGACAGAAAAAGACGCGCAUAGCUCGAAUUUAGAGAAUAAAGGUGGUGAUGAUGAUAAUACAUGGUUACCGACCACCGAAUGGGUUGAAUCAUGGAAAAGCAAAUUGCCUUUGCAAACAAUCAUGAGACUUUUGCAAGUUUUAGUGCCACAGGUCGAGCAAAUCUGCAUCGACAAAGGUUUAACAGACGAAAGUGAGAUUUUAAAGUUCUUGCAACAUGGGACACUUGUUGGUCUUUUGCCUGUACCUCAUCCAAUCUUAAUCCGAAAAUAUCAGGCAAAUAAUGCUACAGAGCAGUGGUUUCAAACGUACCUUUGGGGAAUUAUAUAUUUAAGGUAUGAUUGCUUUUAUAUUUUUUGUUGA